UUGAAUUGAAACCUCGAAUUCUCCAAGGAUAAGUUUAAAAUCUCCCCUCUUCUGCUUCGGAUUUAUCCAGAUUCCAACAAUAUUCCUUCACAGGAUCGUUAAUGGCAUCAAUUUACUGCUGCAAAGAAUGCGGAACCAAUCUAAAUCUUCACUCCACCUACCUCUACCCGCCAGAUUUCUACUUCGAGGCCGGCAACAAAGGCACCUUCUCGUUUUCAGCAAUCGAUUCCUCCAAAUUCAAGUUCGAUAAAGAAGACAAAAUUCGGCCCUUUUUUGAGACUGUUAAUUACUGGGGAAUCCAAAGGAAACGGACCAAAAUCAAGUGCAAUAGCUGUGGAAAGCUCGUCGGGUAUAUUUACGAUGAUGGGGCGCCCAUGACGGAUAGUCCUGGUCAGUUCCAUAUGGGUCCGAGUCAGGUUGUGCCUAGAAACCCUAGGUACAGGUUCAAGACUAAGGCUUUAAGGAUUGCUUCUGAGACUUGAUUUGAGGCUUUUGGGUUUUGUAAAUAAUGAUUGAUUAAGAUUGAUUCAGGAUUUGUUUUGUAUACUGAUACAGAUGGUUUUUAGGUUUUGACUUUUUGUGCCUGCUAGUGUAAAUAUUUCUUUAAUUGAAUAAAAUUAUUUAGUUCACUAUGAAA